ACACACCACUCGGGUCAACUCUCUCUCUACACACCACUCGGCCUCAUAACGCUCUGAUCUCUCUCCUCCAGAUAUACAGUAUGAAUGAAAAGGUUCAAUCUGUACCCACCAGUCUUCCCUUUAUGUUAAUAAAUGCAGGUUUGGUCAGAAAACAUGCAGUGUUUUGCAUUCACUAUGACUGAUUUUUGCCGAUUCUAAAAAAGGUAUAUUUUAAUAUUUCUGCAUAAUAAACCGUGUUGGAAUUGGAGGAAAGCUGAGACUCUUGUGGAUCCAAUGAGACCAAUUGUAUUGAUGAGUGAUGAUGUUCUGAGAUCAUGUUUCUGUAGAAAAGACUUGUUGUGACCUCACGAAUAAUAUAUCUAUCUAUCACAGCUUCAUGAAACUCUACAACGCCUGACUACAGGCCGAGGACGCUCAGAGGAUGUGUGGCCCUCCUGGUAUAUCGAUAAUCGGAAGGUUUCUGAACCGUAUCGAGAACAGAAGUGCUGCCAUCUUUCAGAAAUCUGCAGAUGUCAAAAGUUCUAGAAAAAAAAUGGCAGCAUGGAUGUUUUUUACGGUCUUCAAGGUCUUUGUGUCAUAAUGCGGAAUUUUGGAAGGAUCUUUUUGCCAUUUGUUAUGAUUUUUGAGUGGUCAAGAAUUGUUGACUUUUGCUCCAAACCUGUGUAAAUAUUAGAUAUGAUGCAUCACAUACUUCCAUCAUAAUGUUUUAAGCCCUUUCACACUGUAUUUCCAUUCAUUUACCAUCUUUUAUUUAUGAUUCAUGACGAGAACAACUUGACACACCGCUGCAUCUCAAAUACAUCUUCAGGUUCCCAGCUCUCGUACAAUGUACAUCACUUCAUAUGACACGUAUGACACACGUAUGACACCACUUCUAUGUGGCGUCUACAGGUGACCCGCUGUCUCCCCCUAAAGACCCCCCCGUCUCCCGCUCUAAGAACACAGCUCACACGUAGUAACGUAUCAUGUGCAGGUGAUGCAGGCUCAGUGUGUGAAGUCACAGACGGAGUUCUAUCGGCGGAGUCGGAGUGAGAUCAUCGAGGGAAGAGGUCACACGAUGGGCGCUCUCUACUGGCAGCUCAACGACGUCUGGCAGGCGCCGUCCUGGUCAUCGAUCGAGUUCGGUGGGAAGUGGAAAAUGCUGCAUUAUUUUGCGCAGAACUUCUUCGCCGCCGUGCUGCCGGUGGGCUUCGAGGAUGGCGGCACGCUGUUCGUCUACGCCGUCUCAGACCUGAGUCCCGACCUGGAGCUCAGGGCUGUGGUGUCCGCGUACUCCUGGUCUGAUCUGGAUCCGGUGUGCACGCUGAAGUCGGACCUGCUCCCGGUCCCCGGAGGCAGCGUGGCGAUCGUUUUUAAACAGCCAGUCGCCGCCCUGCUGGCAGGAUGUGGAAGCUGCACCCGCCUCACCUGCCUGCUCACCUUCCACCUGGAGGACAGCGGCGGCCAGCAGGGUCCCACCAACCACCACUUCCUGUGCUCACCCAAAGACGCUCAGGGCCUCCAGAGACCCAACAUCACAGCUGUGGUGCAGGAGGAUCAGGCCGGCUACAGCGUCACCCUCCACUCUGCCUCUGUGGCUGCCUUCGUCUGGCUCGAUGUGGGAAACGUCCCCGGACGCUUCAGCUCCAACGGCUUCCUGAUGCUUUCUAGAAACAGGACGGUCAGCUUUGACGCUUGGCGUAAAACCAGCGUGGAAGAACUCUCCCGAUGGCUCACCAUCACGUCUUUAAGGGACGUAUACUGACCUGAGACCAGCCAGCCUCCACGUGCAGGUGAACCACAGUGCAGAGGCAGUCGAUUGUCUGUCCUUCAAGAUUUCAUCUUUGUGGGUUUUUGAGUGUCGGAAAGAUUAAUUUAUUUUUACCGAUGCCAAUUCCCUAAAUGUUUAAACUUGUUUUCUUGCUGAACCAAAGAUUUGUUUUUCCUCAUCGGAGCAGAAAAGCCUGAAAAUAUCCAAAGAAAGGAAACUAUUGAAGGUGUUUUUAGCAGCUGGAGACAACAGGCGGACCCACUGUGUUCACCAGGACCAUGAAGCAUGAAGCACACAAAGGAUGAAGGGUGAGCUUCAUGAAGGUGAACGAGCCAACACACAUCUCAGUCUUUGAUGAUUCAGCUGCUGAAACAGAUGAAUCCUUUAUUCAUUAAGUUAAAUGAAGUUUCCUCCUCCAAAGAGACGACACGUCGUCUGAACCGGUUCUGAUCUUUCGGAUCGUUUUGUGCUGUUCACAGAAAACGCUUUUCUUUUUGGAGUUUUUUCCUUUUUGCACAUUUCUCAGAUGAUGAACAGAGUGAAGACUCUUAACACUUGACCUCAUUGAUUAUGUAUUAGUAUUUGCAGUACUGUCUGAAUGUAGAUACAUUUCUGUAGCUUUGUUCUUGGACAUCAAAGAAUUUCAUUCUGUUGAUUGAUGUUUUUUGGUUGUUUUUUUUUUAACUAAUUGCAUCAACAGCAAUUCAGUGUUUAUAAAUGAAAAAUUACAAAAAUCAGAA